UUUUGCUCUCCAAAACCCCCACUUGCACUGCAAAACGCCAUUCUGUUCUGCGAGGCAAACUCGGACGCAGGUUACGCAAAUAACUUCACCUUUUCGCAGCUCGAGAAUCCCAGCAGAUCUCACCCAUCAACCAUGAGCUACAAGAACGUCGCCCGGCUGGUGCUGCAGCAGAACCGCCAGUUCUCCCGCACUGCGCCCGCCUCGUCCAGUGAGGUCGCCGAGGGCUACAAGCAGCUGAAGCACAUCCAGGAAAAGUUCCAGAAACCGGAUGGCAAGCCCGUGUUCCUGAAGGGUGGCCCGAUGGACAACGUGCUCUUCUCGCUGACGAUGGUGCUCAGUGUGGCCGGGCUGGCCGGUAUCGGCAAGCUGUUCUACGAGCUGAGCUACCCGAAGAAGGACGACUAGAUAGGAUAAAGGUCUUUACCCCCCAAAAACGAAAACUAAAGUGACCAGAGUUGCCGUGUGCCCAUUACACACCCCGUGUCAUAACAUCUCCCGCCACACCAAAAACAACCCGUGUGACACCAACGAGCAAGCAGCGGCAGCCGUAGUUCAAACUUUUCUGGCCUCGAAACCAAUAUUUAUCUGCGCGGCAAAUGGAUAAGGGAGUAGCAGUCGGUGGCGGCGGUGGUGGUGGUGGUGGUUUGCUGCGUAGCGUGUAGAAACCCCCACCCAUUAAAAAAAAAAAACUAACUUCCCUCCUCCCCGAAAGUGUGUAUUUGUGAUUAACCCUGUUUUUCAUGCGUGUGUCUCCUAUGGUUCGAUAUACGGGAUGCUCCAAAUUGUGCGGAAACUGAACGAAACGAUUCCAUUAACCCGGAUCCCGACGUUACACAUUUACUCUCUUGCAUUUAUCAGCAAAUAAAUAUGUGUUUUGAGCAGUA